AUGUUCAAGUUUGUAGCAGUCCUCGCUUGCGUUGCCGUGGCCACCGCGUCACCGGACCCAGCUCAUUUCACUUAUCCCUUGGCCUACUCCGCUGGAUAUGCUCCUGCUGUGACCACCUACAGCGCAGCUGGCCCAAUCUACAACCCAGCUCCCUUGGUCUACUCAUCUCCUGUUGCAUACCCCGGACAUCUUGGAUUCGCGCACCUUAUCAAGAAACGUUCUGUGCCCGUAGUUAGCAGCUACAUCUCUGCCCCUGUAGCCACUAGCUAUGCGGCCACCUACAGCGCUCCUUGGGCCACCACCUACGCUGCCGGUCCUCUCGCUACUACCUACUCUGCCCCCAUAGCCACUACAUACGGGGCACCUCUUGUCCACUCUUCUCCCCUGUACACCGCAGCUCACUUCAUCAAGAAACGCUCCGCUCCUCUGGUCGUGCCAGCUGCCUCUUACAUCGCACCAACAGCGUACACCGCUGCUGCGCCUUUUGUGUCUGCCUACUCAACAUACCCAGCUGCUUCCAUCUACUCCUCCCCCUACUACUCUGCUGCUCCCCUCGCCUACGCUCAGUUCAUCAAGAAGUAA